AUGUUCAACUUGGCAGUGCUGAGCGCAGUCACUUGAGCGCAGUGAGUGCAAAAAGGUGUGUCCCUCAAUUAAGAAUAAGUUCAGAGCGAAUGGAUUUUCUACUACGAGUACCCAGUGGAGAAACACCAAGUCACGACGGACGAUGGAUACACGAUUGAGAUGCAGCGAAUUCCAGUCGGGAGAGAUAGUCGGACAAUCGAUGGCUGCCAAGUCCGUCCCGUGGUAAUGUUCAUGCACGGACUGUUCAGUUCUGCGGAUCAGUUCGUUCUGAAUCUUCCCUCUCAAAGUGCCGCUUUUGUGUUUGCGGAUGCCGGAUUCGAUGUGUGGCUUGCAAAUAUCCGUGGAACACGGUACGGAAGAGGCCACACAGUCUUUACACCGAGUGACAAACAGUUUUGGAAUUUUUCGUAAGAAUCAACUGAACAACUUGAAAUUUAACGAUAAUAUCUCAGGCUGUACGAACACGCUCAUUAUGAUCUUCGCCAGCAAAUAGAGUACGUUCUAGACGUAACAAAGCAUGAAUCCCUUUUCUACGUCGGACACAGUCAAGGGACCGCGCUCAUGUUCCUCCAGCUUGCUGAGGCCGAUCACCAGUGGCAAAAGAAGAUCCGUGCGUACUUCGCACUUGGUCCAGCGGGAGGCUUCAUCAAACCGUUCUUCCCGUUGGAUCUGCUGGAGAACAAGCAAAUUCAAGAGCUAACUCAAUUGGUUUUCGACGGGCGAAUGGGUAUUUCACCAAUCACAGUUCCAUCCAAACUGGUGAACGCAUUCGCCGACUGGUGCUCUUCUGAGACAAUUGAGCAUAUCUGUCAUGUGUUGUUAGAUUUUGGGGACGGUCGGGAGUCAUUGGGACAAUUGAACGACUCGAGAAUUUCCAUUUAUUUCGAUCACUUUCCUACCAUGACUUCCACAUUGAACAUUCUCAGUUGGAUUCAAGUGUUCAAGUAUCAUCAGUUGGGAAGAUUGGAUUUAGGCUCGAAAAGGAAUCUGGAGGCAUACGGUCAACCGAAUGCUCCGUUGUUCAAUUAUUCCAAUAUUGUGGCCGACACUUAUCUUUACAUGGGGUAAAUUUAUUAGCACUUGGAUAUUUCGCAAAUUGUUUUGUUUUAGAAAAGAUGAUAUGAUAACAAAUGGACAGGAUGCAAGAGAUACUAUAGUCAAGAAUUACGGACCUGGACUCAAAGCCGUCAUCGAUCUGGAUCACUUCACUCAUUUAGACUUUGCAAUUGGACUGAGAGCCACCGACGAAGUAUACAAACCCAUCAUUUAUAGAAUUUACAACAGUAUCAGAAAAGAUGGCUGUUGAAACGAUUUCCUGAAUAAAUCAGACUCUACGCAACCGUGUUUUUGUUUUCAGUUUCUGUGCUCACUAGGUUCGAAAGAUCUCAACGAGAACAUUGAAGACAUGUUCUUUAAUUUUGCUGCCGACCUCUGAAACUCGAGAAAACUUAGCCUAAAGUCUAAAUCCACAGUAUCACAUGUGAUAUUGCGAAAGUUACCAACGAACAAACAGGGAUAGGAUGUAACCGACUUAUUGAACCGAUUCUAUAUUUGCAGAACACACAAAUCGAAUAACUAUCAUUCGUCCUUAUCGGACUCAGCUUCGUCUAUCCCCGCCAUCACUGUUUCUACUCUUGACACUUCUUGAGCCGUUGGUACAUCCGUCAGAUAUCUGCGCAGUCCGGUAUCUCAUCUCUAACGACUUCUUGCUUUAUUUUCUCGGAUGACACACCUUUCGCCUAUAGAAGAUUUGCCGAGCCUCUUUUGAAAAAGCGAUGUGUGACUUCUACUUUGUCCGUUGUCAGCAAGGUCUUCCAGAUGUUCGAAACUGCGUUCGCCGAAUGUUUCCUGCCGUUUGUGAAAUUUGGAAUAAGAAACUCACUAUGUUACGAGGCCCUCGAUUCCUCCGCUUUCCAACGAUUGAGGAGGCAGUCGAUCUUUCCUGGUACUCAAAAUACGUUGGUCUCCCAAGCGCCAAUUGAUCGUUGGAUGUGUAAGCGAACGUUUCGAGACUCGGUAAGUUAACUGCGUCUUUCAAUAGUUCUCCAUAUUUCGUUAAAUAGUUCGUUAAAGAAAGAACAUAUAAUUCUAGCGACCCGUGAGAGGAAAAAGAGCGGAAUCGGUUGUCCACCGACGACUGCGAAGAGUUACUGAAACUCACUCAAACAUUAAUCCUCUGGCAGUACUUGACAUCCGGCCCACAUGGCUCGUGCCGCUCGCUCUCUCGAUAAUCAACUCCGUAAAGUUGACCUGUAACAGAACAUGAUGAAUCAAAACACAAGUGCAGAUGUCCGGCUCCGUUCCGGCUGCAGGGGAUGCAUUCCAAGCAUACCUUCUGUUUCAACGUAACAAACCAGCGGAUUGUACAGUCUGUUCUUCGGUUUCUCCAAGUUUUCUGUUCUGUUUUGGGAACUUUCUGAUCAAUGAGCACGCGGGAGUGUAAAUCGAAGAACACAUGUCUAUUGUUCAUUAAGUAAAAUGUAGUCUUAACAGUCAGACAGCUCACAUUAUCAGUUGUUAAUCUUGUCCUUUUUGUUGUCGCCACGUGCUCAACUACACUUAAAGACUAUUAUAAAAGAGAAGACGAUAAUUAGAGUGAAUGAUACACAUAAUGAGGACUGUGCAGCAACUUUUAUCUGUUUUCCUGUUUCUGAUAUCAAAUGUGGAUCUUCACAGUCUAGAGGAACGCUUGAACGCAGUGAGUGCAAAAAGUUGUGCCCCUCAUUUAAGAAUAAGUUCAGAGCGAAUGGAUUUCCUACUACGAGUACCCAGUGGAGAAACACCAAGUCACGACGGACGAUGGAUACACGAUUGAGAUGCAGCGAAUUCCAGUCGGGAGAGAUGGUUUGUUCGCUUUUCCUGUUUCCUGUAUCUUUGAAAUAAAACCCCUUUCAGCUCGGACAAUCGAUGGCUGCCAAGUCCGUCCCGUGGUAAUGUUCAUGCACGGACUGUUCAGUUCUGCGGAUCAGUUCGUUCUGAAUCUUCCCUCUCAAAGUGCAGCUUUUGUGUUUGCGGAUGCCGGAUUCGAUGUGUGGCUGGCGAAUAUCCGUGGCACACGGUACGGAAGAAACCACACAGUUCUUAAACCGAGUGACAAACGAUUCUGGAAUUUUUCGUAAGAAUCAACUGAACAACUUGAAAUUUAACGAUAAUAUCUCAGGCUGUACGAACACGCUCAUUAUGAUCUUCGCCAGCAAAUAGAGUACAUUCUGGAGGAGACAAAGCAAGAAUCCCUUUUCUACGUCGGACACAGUCAAGGGACCACGGUCAUGUUCCUCCGACUAGCUGAGGCCGAUCCUCAGUGGCAGAAGAAAGUGCGAGGAUUCUUCGCUCUCGGUCCAUCUGGAGGCUUCUUCAAACCGUUCUUCCCAUUCGAUCUGCUGGAGAACAAGCAAAUCCAAGAGCUAAUUCAAGUAGUUCUCGACGGGAGAAUUGGAAUUUUACCAAUCACAGUUCCCUCCCAACUGGUGAGCCUAGUGGGCGAGCUGUGCUCUUCGAAGACAAUUGAGCCCAUCUGUACGCUGAUCUUGGAUAUUGGAGGCGGAUGGGAGUUGUUGGGGCAGUUCAACAGCUCGAGAAUUUCCAUUUAUCUCGAUCACUUUCCCUCAGUGACUUCCACAUUAAACCUGCUCAGUUGGGUUCAAGUGUUCAAGUAUCAUCAGUUGGGAAGAUUGGAUUUGGGAUCGAAAAGGAAUCUGGAGGCCUACGGUCAACCGAACGCUCCGUUGUUCAAUUAUUCCAACAUUGUGGCCGACACUUAUCUUUACAUGGGGUAAAUUUAUUAGCACUUGGAUGAUGUACACAUUGUUUUUCAGGAAAGAUGACAAGAUAGCUGAUGAACAGGAUGCGAGAGAUGUCAUUGUCAAGAAUUACGGAUCAGGGCUCAAAGAUGUCAUCGCACUGGAUCACUUUACUCAUUUUGACUUUGCAAUUGGACUGAGAGCCACCGACGAAGUAUACAAACCCAUCAUUUAUACAAUUUACGAUAGUAUUAAAAAAGACGGAUGUUGAAACGAUUUUUUGAAUAAACCAGACUUUACGCAACCGUGUUCUUGUUUCCAGUUUCUAUGCGGCUAUACCCAUUGCCAUCAAAGCUUUUUUGUAUUCGAUCACAAAGAGAGCAUUUCCAUGAACAUGUAUGGAAAGGAGUGUGAAAAGGAGCACAAGCACCUGCGCAUUGGUGCACGUAAACAGCCAUUCUAUCGACCCGUGAGAGGAAAAAGAGCGCGAGAGUGAGAAAGAGAGCGAACUCGGUUGUCAGGCUACGGCUGCGAAGAGUUACUCAAACGAAAACUCACAUUUUUUCUAUACUAAACUCUUCAAACUAAUAUCAAUCAGGUGGGUCUAUUCUUUCUUGUUACCAUUGGAAGUCCGGAAGGAGGGCCGAGAACCGACUGAAUCUCAUUGACCCCGUUCCAUAUCAAAUGACGCUUUCUUCUUCUGCUUCUUCUUCCUUCUUUCAAUUCAAUUCUCGUCGUUUUCGACGAGAGUAGAGAAGAGGCUUUUAGUUAUCAUGAGCGGGACCGACCAGUUGGCGAUGACCUCGAACUGUCAUUUGAUUUCGUGAUUUUGUUGAGAAUUUCCUCUAGUUUCAAACAAACUCGUUUCGUUCCGUUUCUGCCAGGGUCAAAUAUUUUUGGCAAAUAAAUCUGCCUUCCUCGAUCCGAACCGGUUUGGUUUCGAAGGAGGAAGGAGACAAGGGAUGGGUAAUCUCAAAAUCUUUUGAUAUCCGAAUCAGUAGGAGGUAAUCCAUGUAAAAAGAAAUGUUGCGUUCUAUUGUCGUCCUAGAGACCAAAGAGGAACACCCACUAAUCGACGACCCGCUGUUCUGUUUUUCGCCAUUUUUCUCUGAUAAUUAAUUUCGCUGGUCGGUCGAUGCUUUUUUGCGGAUGACAAAUGGGCGAAAACACGUCGUUGAAGGGGGAGAAAGUAAAGCGAAGAAGUUAUGAUUAGCCGGCCGGGCGGACUGGUUCCGCGCCUGCCGCCACCUCUCUUCCGCUGUUCUGCCGUCCAUUCCCCCGUCAUCGUCUGUUUCUUCUUCUUCUUCUUCCUCUUCUUCUUUAUCAUCAUCUUACUUCUUUGCAAAUUUUUGGAUGGAUUCAAAGUCGAAAUCGAAAUUGGAAUCGUAGCCUACAUUCUACCAGUAGUCGUCUGAUCAUCUGUCGUUUUGAAGGAAUGCGAGGAGAUGACGUGACAUCGAGUAGAAAGUGCGAGAAUGUCGACGAAGUCAGUUAUGGUUACAGACGCGUUGAACCGAAACCCGACAAACGAUGUCAGUUGAUGGAAGGAGUGGGAACGCAAGUGGAACAGCAGGAGCCCAAUCUCCUCCACCUACACAGUCUCCUUCUCUCGCCGUCUUUCCUCUCUCUCCUUUCCAGUUUGCUUUUUUUUUGCAUUUUGCCAACAGAAGCCGCUAAUGUCUUCUGCUUCUCUCGUGUCGACGCCCGCCCGAUCUGCCGCAAUAUCAGUCGUUUUCGUCCUCAGUCAUCGUACACUUCUUUCUCUUUAAGCCACUUUUCACAACAAUAACCUCAUUCUUGCUGGAUUUAAGCCUUUUCAGUCAAAGGUCGCACAUAUUCUUCCAAAUAUGUUUUCGUCCUUCUUUGCUAAAUAUAUUUGUCCAUCCGUUGGCAGUGCUAUCAAAACACCUUGUCUGUGCCGGUAUCAUCUGGUUUUCCACCAUCUUCUCGCCUCUUACCUGACAAUUAAAAACAUCCGUUCUCUGUCGAAAGUACGGACGGUUACCACACAAAUUCCAAGAUCGUACAGUGUUGGCCGGUUGGUCAAUGCGGGGGAAUUCCCAUAAGUAUGAAUGUGUUCCCCUGACGAUUAUGUGUUUCGGAAGCAUGCCACGUCAUCGUUUGCAAAAAGAGGAAAGUGCGAAAAAAAGUGACGGCAUCUCAGAUAUCAUCUUCUUCCACCCUCUCCAUUUUGGUCGCUGGGACCGUCAUCCUGAGCACAAACUACAAUUGCCAACUGUAGUGUAUAUUUGAGAACCUGUUUACCAGUCUAGCCUAGGCUAUGAUCGGGAAGGGAUCGAAGGAAAUGUAGCCCACAAAGUGGUCCCCAGACAUUCGAGAAAAACAAGCAACAAAAGGGAAUGACUGCAACAACAGUCCGUCGAAAUGUGUGCAGCAGUAGAGGCGGGCAUGUGAUGGUAUAGAACGCUGAAAACAAUACUUACAUCAUCACAAUAUGCACUUUUGCUGAAAAUAAACACUGAUGACGAUCUGAACAUCUAUUGAAAUGUCAUUGAUCUGGAAAGAGCAAAGUUCUCAAAAGUUUGAAACAUGGGAGGCGUAGCCGAACUGCUUGUGGAUUUUUUCAAGACAAGAAGCUUAUUGAGUCCUUCACUCUGAUAUUACCUUCUUUUCUCUUCCCAACUUUGUAUCCUGAUCACCAAAUCACAUCUAGAUCGACGAAGUUAGUCUGUAUUUGUGACCGUACUACAAAAAAGUGCGCGUCUAGUUUGUCUUCCUCUAUUUUCACCGGCGCUGACUCUUCGUCCAUCUGACCCGCAAGUCAUUCCUCCGUCAUUUUUUCUCCGUCUCUUGUUAUUUGCCGUCCGUCAUUACAGAAAUCACCGGAGACGUCGUCGCUCUGCGUCUCUUCUCCCUCUUUCUCUCAGCCCCUUCUCUCCGUCAAGAAUCUCCGCCCAUGUAUUUCACGACACCGAAUUUUUUGCCGGCGUGGUGCUAUUUAAAGGGCCCGCGGAUCGGCGAGCAUCCACCGCUGUCUUACUAUCAUUUUGGACCGGUUCCGAGAACCGAGAAACUGCAUCUGAAGCAGCGAAAAAAGAAUUCCAAAAUCAAAUUCAAAAUGCCGCAGCUACUUAUGAAAAAGCGUUCGGGUAAGUGGGGGAGCAUUAGAGAUUCGGCUUGAAAUGCUACUCAGUUUCUGAUUCGAUCCUAUUUUCAGCUCGUGUUCGAACUUCGAGCAAUCCUUCCAAUAUGGGAUCGUGCUUCUCCACUUUCAAAACUGGAAGGGAAGAUAAUAAGGUGAGUUGCGUUCUUGUCGCGAACUAUAAUUAUAAUAAUGCUGCCAUUUAUAGAUAGUCCGAGUCCAGCAGGGUCUUCUCGAAGGCUACCGAGUCAGUAACCCGGACGGUAAACCGUGCGACGUUUUCCUCGGAAUUCCGUUUGCAGAGCCGCCGGUUGGACGUCUUCGCUUCCAGGUACGAACCAGUUUGGCGUCGGCCGCUUAUUGAUAGGAAAUUUGCCGAAUUCUUCGAAAUCUUCUAGACAGUUCCUCUCCUCUAGUGGUCAUUGAAAGUGACCUUCAACUGAUGAGUGCGGUCACAGUUUUUGGGGUUUUUGGGGGACGAUGAGCUUGAUCAGAAACGAACGUUUUGCAGAAACCACAACCUCCACUCGCGUGGGACGGUAUCCGCAAGUGCACAAAGUACCCGAACCGCUCGAUUCACAAAGAAAUGCCGUGGGACAAGGCGUUGCCAAGGGCGAAUCAGAGCGAAGAUUGCCUUUAUCUCAACGUGUUUGCGCCUCAAAUCAAAGAGGACAAGGUGGGAAGAGAGAGGCGGAGAGGAAGAGGUUUAGAGUGAAAUCAUUUCAGAAGUACCCAGUGUUAUUCUACAUUCACGGAGGGGGAUAUAUGAUGGAUUCGGCUGAGAGAUACACUCCCAAGAACAUCUGCAGACUUCUCGUCUCGCGAGAAAUCAUCGUGGUCACUUGCCAUUAUCGUCUCGGCUUCCUCGGAUUUCUCUCGACUGGGGACGAUGUGUGUCCCGGAAACUUUGGAUUGUACGACAUGCUCGAGGCGCUCCGAUGGACCCAUUCCAACAUUUCCUCGUUCGGCGGAGACCCCGACGCCAUCACCCUCUCCGGCCAGUCUGCCGGAGCCGCCGCCGCCGACCUUCUCUCUUUCUCGCCUCUUGCCAAAGGACUCUUUAAGCAGAAGAUCGUGAUGGGCGGCAACUCGUACUGUCAUUGGGCGGCCACUUCGAAGCAAGACAUCAGAGAGUACUGCAAGAAGUGGGGACAACGUCUCGGCUGGAAACCGAAGGCCGAGUACGCGUCGAAACGGGAAGAGAGUACCGACCUCUUCAACUUUUUCAAAGGGCUGCCCACUUCAAAGUGAGAACCGUUUCCGGAAGUGAUCAAGUUCAACCUGUUCUCUUCUUUUCAGACUUGGAGUGACAAUGUUCUUCUCGAAGACCAUCUUCAAAGAGUGUAAGCUGCCGUUGGCUCCGGUCGUCGACGGGCACAUCCUCCCGCACAGCCUGAAGAUCCUUCGCGAGACCCAGGAACACGUACCGUCGCUGGUCGGUGGCGGCGAGUACGAGGCCCUCCUUUUUUGUAAGUUCAACGAUAAAUUCCUGGCGAGACGUAAUUGAAGUCUCCAAUUCCAGGCGCAAUCGGUUUGCUACGAGGCAGUGAGAAGGAAAUAAACGAUGCCAUCGAUGUUUUGGCGAAGAAAAGCGGCUUAGCCCGGGCGAAGAUCGAGGCGAUGACCGAGAAAGUCUACGGAGAUUCUCCAGUCUUGAGAGCCAAUGGAAAGGCGAGGAAGAGGUUUUACGUGGACGUAAGAGGCAUCCCGCUUGGAGGCAAAGUAACGGAACAAGUUUCAGUUGAUCUCCGACGUCUUCGCAAACUACGGCAACUACCGAUUUAUGCGAGACGCUCAGCAGCGAGGCGUCGACUGUUACGGCUACUCGUUCGACCACCAGAGCAAGCAGAUGUGGGGGUGGCUGCAGCACGUGGUUCCGUUCACCGGCGGCACACACACUUCAGAACUUUCCUACCUUUUCGACUGCAAUUACAUGUCUGCACCGCUCGGAAUGAACAAAAUGGACAAAGUGGUCAGCGAAAUGACUGCCGAGUACUGGACGAACUUUGUCAAGUUUGGGUUAGUCAUCCACUUGUGUUCCCUCAAAACGAAUUCCUUCCGAUUACAGUACUCCAAACGGCCCGGGAUCCCAACUUCCGAUUUGGGAACCUAUUUCGAAAGGCGACGACAGAAUGCGACUGUUCAGUUUGAAACCGGCUCCGGAGAUGAAAUCGACGUUGUACGGAGACCGGAUGCAGCGGUACGAAGAGCACCUCGGGAUCAUGUACGAGGAGAAGAGCUCCGCUCCGAUCUCUCCGAUCAUUUCUGCUGGAAGCGACAAUAGUCUUCACAUUCUUGUCAACUGA